AUGGAGAAAAUCGAUCUUUCAUCAAACUCUAAGUCUAUCAAAGAUGCGUACGAGAAAGUUAUUCGUGGAAAUGGAGCUACCUAUAGUGUUUUCUCUGUUGACAAAUCUGGAACCCUCGAAGUAACUAAGGUUAGCACUGGUGAUUUAGACGAUUUCGUUGACGAUUUCUCUGACGGAGUCGUUCAAUUUGGCUUGGCAAAAGUUAACGUUCCAGGUUCUGACGUAUCAAAAAACUUGUUACUCGGUUGGUGUCCAGACAAUGCUCCGGCUAAGUCCAGGUUGUCAUACGCUGCUAACUUCGCUGAUGUUUCGAAGGUUUUGAGUGGAUACCAUGUGCAGAUCACAGCCCGUGAUCAAGAUGAUUUGAAUGUUGAAGAAUUCGUCUCUAGGGUUGCCGCUGCCGCUGGUGCUAGAUACACUGCCCACUCUGCUACCUCGAACGUGACCCUGUCGAAGUCUGGGUUAAACAUGCCUCGCUCAAAACCUGAUGCCAGUUCAGCUUUUAAAUCUUCAACUCUGCAGGCCAAAGGUAAACCAAUUCUUCCAGCAUCUUCCAAGCCUUCAAGCUCUGCUACAAUCCUGAGAAAUCAAGCCACGGUGGGUGACGAAGAUGAUGAGUGGGCUGGUGAGAAAGAAAUUGAGGAGCGAGACUUUGAGAAGCAGCCAUUAGAUCUGGUUCCCUCGGCCUACAAGCCAACGAAAGUGGACAUUAACCAAUUAAGACAACAGAAGUCCGAUACCAUUUCGUCAAAGCCCAAGCCGUUUUCUUCCGGGGACGAUAAGGCCAAAGACGAUAAUAUAACAAAAUCCUUGAAUGAUAAGCUUCAUAUUUCUGAGCUGCCAGCUGAUGGCCGCCUCACUUCAAUGCCGAAGCCACGUGUCGGAAGCUCCGUUGCCUCUCGUUACACCGCUGCUACUGCAGGUGCAAAGUUCGGAUCCAAGCCAGUAACUAAUUCUAAACAGGAUGGGAAGGAUAAGGUCGCAGGAGGUCUAUCAAGAGACUUUGGAUCAACUGGAGGGAAAACUCCCGCGCAGUUAUGGGCAGAGAAGAAGGGUAUGUAUAAAGACGUGAAGGUGCAUGAGCCAGGAGCACAUGGGGAUGCCCCUAAUACCGAAAAUGAGGGCGUUAAAAGCGAGCUUAAGGAAAACUUGGAAAGUUCAGCAGACGAUACAAAUCUGCCAUCUGAUGCUCAAACACAUUAUGAGAGAGAAGAUGAUGAUAGGGAUGAUGAUGAUGGAAGAGAAGAAGAUGAGCCCCAAGAGAAUACUGGGCUGUCCGAGACCCAGGUAGAUUUGUCCGCUAGAAGAUCCGAGUCUGCAACACAGGCCCGUCCUACCGCUAUUGCUGCUUAUGAUUACGACAAAGAUGAAGAUAACGAGCUUGAAUUUAGAGAAGAUGACCGCAUCGUUGACAUUGAUUUUGUGGACGAAGAAUGGUGGUCUGGUACAAACGAGCGAACUGGAGAAGUGGGAUUGUUCCCUGCCUCAUAUGUCACUAUGGUUGAAGAUGAAAAUGAUAAUGAUGUUGACGAUGAUGAUGACCAUGGAGUCCAGACAGCUGUCUCGGGUACUGGCCCAGAAGUGGCUUCCGACCAAAACACUAAGUCGGCUGUUGCUGAAUUUUCCUACGAGAAGGACGAAGAUAACGAGAUCAGUUUUGCAGAAGGUGAUUUGAUUACUGAUAUAGAAUUCGUGGACGAAAGUUGGUGGUCUGGUAGAAAUUCAAAGUCGGGAGAAGUUGGUUUGUUUCCUGCUAAUUAUGUUAAUUUGAACUAG